GAGUCCUUACAAGUUCAACUUGCUCAGCUGAGAAGUCUUUCAGAAAAAAACCAAGCCGUGAACAGCAUGAUGAUGCAGCAACUGCUGAACCCACCAAUGCCGAUGUCCUACAACAUAAUGUGGCCUCCAAACUAUUACGGAAUGCCACUUCACCCAAUUCUGGGCAAUCCAUUGGUCAACAGCUUGGCUUCCCAAUACAACCAACCCAAUUAUUUCCCGAAUAGCGCAGCCAACACUUUUGUCACAAACUCAUUGUACCAGCAGAAUCCUUUGCUUAACGUGGGAUUGCCGACGACACCUGCUAAUGUGCCAAUGAAUGCCGGGCCGGUGCCACCUCCACCCCCCGCGCCAUCACCUCCUGCAACUGUCACAGCUGGCAGCUGUCAUGCAGAUUCUUCUAGUGGUGAAACUGUUUUAGCUCCACCUUCUCCCUCUCCUACAGAGCAAGAAUCAGUUGCUGUGAAGUCUCCAGUGAAUCAACUAUCAGAUGCAUUGCAAGAUUCUGAUGCCAAUACAGAAACGACUGCAGAAGUGGAAAUUCUCGAAGAGACGCGUUUAGUCUCCAAGGAUCCAGGUAAUGACUGGGAGACCUAUGACUCGGCCAAUGAAGCUAACAGGGAGAGUGCUGACUCGGAUGUGGACACGGACGCAGGCGGCCAGGCGGCCAGGCGACCUACCUUCAAUCCACUCACUCAGCGAACCAGCAAGCCGAUGUCGCGUUCCGCCAGGAAGAGACUGCGCAAAUCUAUGCUGAAAAACAAGGACAAAGGAUCGGCUGCCGCCACUCUGCCGGUCAUCGCCGAUAAUAGUGAAUCGAAUCUGACCACAACAGACUUCAUUAGUUCAUCAGCUUCAACCACGACUAAGGAUAGUAGCAAUGAAGCUGAAGACUCUGUGUCCACUUCAGACUCAAGAGCGAACAAUGAAACCAAAGAUAAAUCCAAGAGUAAUAAAACCAAUAAGAAAGGCCUGAAGAAGAAUGAAGAAAGUAAAAGUGAAGUGGUUGCUAACAAUCAAACUAGUGCUAAAAAACGUGCCGAGCGUCCCCGUACCGAGCUGAGGAGACCAAACUGUACAAUUGUCGAACUAGAACAAAACACGAAUGUAGCCCUAACUGGCAUUAAAAUAACUACUGAUGAGAUUAAGAAUGAGCAAUCCACUGCUGUUGAAACAAAAGAUACCAAGUCAAGUGUUGUUGAAGUUGAAAAUGAAAAAUCAAGUGUAGACAAAGAGGACUUUGGCAAAUCAAGUGUGUGUAAAGAUAGAAAUGAUAAGUUGAAGGGUAAUGAUACGUCGAAUAAGAAAUCAAGUGAUAAUAAAGUGAAAGAAAUGAAAGAAUCUAGUGCAGUAUCUAUAACGGACGAUAAAAAAAGUGAGGAUAGAGCUAAUGAUAAGAAAAUUCCAUGUGAUGAUGAUGAAACCAAAUCGAAAUCAAUUGCUAUUACUAGUGAUAACAUUUCAAAUAAAACAAUCGUAUCUGACCAAAGCCUCUCGAAAUCUGAUUGUGCACCGCAAGAAGAGAAUUCAAAGCGAGAGUUAGUAAAAGAUAGGAAAUCAUGGAAAGCUAUGAAAUCGAAAAACGAGAAACCUGAAAGUACAAAAACAACUGGCAUAAAGCUAGAAUUAGUUAAGGAUUGGAAAUUGCUAGACAGUAUUACGAAAGACAGUAUUUACGUUCCAAAACCUGCCAAAGAACAAUCUGCCACUGCAACAAACGACAACGUCACACCAGAAAACCAUCGUGAUAUCAUAGAUAGAAUUAUAUCUUCUGUGGGUGCUCAUGUGUUCAAUAAGACGGAGGCCGAAAUCAUUCAAUCCACACCGAAAGAGCCGAUCCAACAGAAAGCUAUCGAAAGUAAGAUCAUCCACAUCUUCGAAUAUAAUAAGCAGCCUACAGUGUGUACCGAUGAGAUAAUAUCAUUAUUCACGAAUUUCACCAAAAGGCUUGCAGUGAACAAGGCAUUGGACUUCAAGCAAGCCGUCAAACCGUAUUUCGAUAUCACGAGGAAGGCUAAUGCUGAACUUUUCAAGCUGCUUGACUCGUGUAAGAUAUGUGGAAUUACGAAAGGAGAGACUCAGAUACCAGACAAGCUAAGCGUUUUACCAUUACAGAAUGUUUCAAAUUUGUUGAAGAACCUUGGUGCUGCUCCUUCAGUCGUCGGCUGCUUCUCUGAUCUUUUUGAAGAGCUUAAUGCUACUAUGUGAUAUUUUAAUAUCUUCCCACCGUAAUGGAUUCAUCAAAUGUUGACACUAUUCUACCAGUGAAUCUCAAAAUUUAUUUCUAUUAAUGAAUUAUUGACUUUAUAAAUUAAUGACAACGGAUCAUCCUUACGAUACUCGAGAUAAAGACUUUAGCUUUAAACUUGACGCGUUUUAAGCGAUACUUGAGAUAAAGACUUGAGCUAUAUAAACGUAAUGCGUUUUAAGCGAAUGAUUAAUGUGAUAAUAAUAUAAACCGACUACGGACAUUAGGAUACUGUUUCCUAGAUGUUGUUCAGUAUGUUUCUAUUCAUCGUUGUACGCAGGUCUCACAUAGUUUAAAUGUUGGUGCUUGAAAGGAAUAUUUAUUUGUUGAGUAAUUUUAAAGGGUGGGAGUGCCGUUACUUAAUGCAAUAAUUUAUUUUUUACUAUGUUUGGUACCUAGUUGAAUAUUAUGUUAUUCAUUUCUGGUAGACAUUUAUGUAUCUAUUCGUAGACAUUUAUUUAUCUGUAUGUGUAGUUGUGACAUUUAUCUAUGUUUUGUGUUGGGAAUUUCGCUCAACUUGCAAGGACUUUGCUCUAUUUAUUGUGAAUAGGUAUGAGUUAAAUUAUCAUAGGAUUUGUUUGUUAUUUUUUGUGUGCAUAUGAAUUUGUUUUUUUAUAAUAUUUCCCGAUGUACAAGAAUAGUUUUUAAAUUGCUAUUCGUUAAUGCAUUAAUUAUAUCAAUUGAAACGGUUGUAAAUAUCUUACAAUUUGUACUUUGACAUUUCGAUUUUUUUAUUAUGUUGGGUUAGAAGGUUCAUUACUCUUAAUUAAUCUAAAAAUAUAAAUGUUAUGGUUACACAACAUAGAUUGUGAAAUAUAGCCUAUUUUAUACAUUUCCCAUCUUUACUGGCAAACUACCACGAUAUCAUAUUGUUUCGUAAAUAAACUUGUAGAAUAAUUUUGUAAAGAACUUUGAAUUACUGAAGUAAAUUAGAUAGCUUCAUUAAUUAGUGUUAUUGAUUACUAAGUAAUAACUCAACUUGAAAAUGUUCUAAUUUUCAUACCAGUCUCGUUUAGAGAGUAAGAAACUUAUUAUUGUUUACCACUAUUCUAAUGAGAGUAAGUUUAAGGUACUAGUUUCUAAUAUUUUUGUAAUUGCAUUUUUAUGGCAAAUACAUUAUAUAAUUUAGUAAAAUUUCAUUGUGUUCUGCUA